CUUCCUGUGGGAGAGCACAGAAGAUGAUGGUUUGCAAGAAAACAAGUCAAAAAUCCUGGUUCUUAGUGAAAGUAAUGACCUCUUUGUGUAUGAACUCACUGUGGAGGAUAGAAAAUGCACCCUGAGCUCCCUGCACUAUUGUAAGGAAGAAACACUGAAAAAGCUCCUGGAAGUUAACAACAUCCGUCUGCCCUCAACUCUCUCUGUGAAGAUUCUCUCCUUUGAAAACAACAAGUGCAAACUUCUGCUCAGCCACUUCGUCCUGGUGCAUCUGAGCUUCCCAGAGGGAGACUCUCUGUCAGAGACCUGCAACUGCUUCACCCUGGAGGUGCCUCCAGGAGCUCUGGGCAGAGUCACAGACUCCCAGUACUGCAGGGGCAUCCUGUUCCUCCUGGACAGUGCUGGCUGCAUUUGGAGCAUCCAAGUGUCCCCAUGCCAGUGGAAUGAGGGCAAGGGUUCAGCCCUCUCAUCACCACUCACUGCCCUGAGAGUGUCCCACGACCUGAGCAUGGCUGUGGUCACCAGUGCCUCCAACUGUGCCCUCUGUGUAGACCUCAACAGCUACUUCAGGCAGUUCCCUGAGCAUUUGCUGUGUAAGAGAGAUCCUGAGAGUCUCCCAGUGGAGCCUCCUGAGGGGCUGGAUGAGGAGGACCUUGCCAGUUCUGAGCACAGCAUGGAGCUUCUCUUACCACCUUUCCGUACGGACAGGUCCUGGAAGGCUCACUUAGCCUCCCUGUGUGACAGGGUGAGGAGGAGAAAACCUGCUUCUCCAGACUUGGUGGAUGAGUUGAAUUUACCUUGGUACCAGUUCUUUACCCAUCUGGAAGACCAUGACCCUGAGAUCUGUGAGACCCCAGAGAGGAUGUUUGCCUUUGUGCCUCGAGCUGCCAUGGGGGCUGCAGCCAGAGCUGCCCAGGGCACCCCCCUGGGGGCUGCAGCACAUCACUGGAGGCACAUCCCCACAGCAGCACCGCAGGAGGAGGUCAGACUGGAGUGCAAACUGGUGACUGGAGCCAGAGCUGUGUUUGUGGUGCUCACAGAGGGCUCAGGGCUGGCUCUGGCUCUCUGGGACUUUGAGUCUCACAAUGUGACUUACUCCCACUGGGGCAGAGGUUGUGUCUAUGUGGAGUGCAGCCCUGAGGUGCCACUGAGUCUGCUGCUCACAGAGCAUGGCCUGUCCCUGGUCCUUUUUGGGUUGGGUCGGGAGGAGUUUCUGAACAGGCUGAUGAUGUAUGGCAGUGCUGGAGUUGUGGAUUCUGUGUGCCACCUCAAUGGGUGGGAGAGAUGUUCCAUUCCCAUCCAUGCCCUGGAGGCAGGACUGGAGAAUCGCCAGCUGGACACAGUGGAUCUGUUCUUAAAAAGCAAAGAGAGUGUUUUCACCCUCUCUGCGCUCUGCCCUGGGCCUGAGCAGUGCAGGGAUGAGGCAUCCCAGUCCUACCUGAGCAAUCUGGAGCAGCUGAGACCAGCUCUGAACUUGCUUUGCUCAGCAAUCCAAGCAAAUGAUCUGGAGCCUCACAGCAAACACUUCUCUGAGCAGCUCCUGGGCCUCACCUUGGCUUUCCUGACCAAGCAACUGGACGAAAUCUCUGUGCACACACAGGAGCCCGAUGAGUUCCUGCAGAAGGCUGCAGAUAUUUUGGCUGAUUACAUCAUCAAACUGAGGAAAUUCCUGAGGAAAUACCCCAGACCCCACAUGAACACAGUGCAGACAGGAGGGGAUGUGGGUGAGCACCUGCCUGCAAUAGAAGAGAGCCACAAGUGGGAAAAGCUGACACCAGAGGAAGUCAUUGCUGAGGCCAUUUUAAGCAACAAAAUUCCAGAGGCUCAGAUCUUCUUCCAGUUGCAUCAGCAUCCUGCUGAGAGUCUCCAGGAGUUCCUGCAGACAGGCUUGAACCUGGUCUAUGACUGUCUGCUCAAGGGUAACACCACAGAGGCCUCCGAGCUGUUAAGAAACAUGGGCUUUGAUGUGAAGGAGGAGUUGCAUAAGAUUUGUUUCUACACAGAGGAUAAACACGUCCGAGAUCUGCUGGUGAAAGUUCUCCAAGAAGACAAUUAUUUCUCUGACAAGGAAAAGAGAAUGAUUGACUUUGUGCAUCAGGUUGAAAGCUCCUACUCAGAAUCCUCCCAGGAGAGCAAAGAGGUUCAGUCUCUUCCCAGGCUCUGGAGGAAGGAUCAGGACCUCUCCAGGCGCUCAGAGGUGCUGGACUCAGUGCUGGGCUGUGGCAGACACCAGGCUCAGGGCAGGAGAGUCAGAGUGAUGCUCAACUGGGCUCAGUGGUGGGAUGAGCUCCUGCAAGAGAUGGUUCUGCUCCCCAGGAAGCCACGCCAAGAACUGAAGACAUGCAAUCCUGAGGUUCUCUGGAUGCACCUGACAGCUCAGCACGAUUGGCAUAGCAUUUGCUCCUGGAUUGAGGAGUCAGAGCCCAGCCAGGCUCUGUGUGGCCAGGCUGCCUGGCCCCCUCUGGCUGCAGACGUCAUCGACAGGAGCACCUUGUGCAGCAGCCCCAUGAGACAGGAUAUACUGAACAAACUCGCCAGGAAUGGAGUGUUUGUGCAUUCUGAGCUGGAGGAUUUCGAGCUCCUGCUCCAAAGGCUGUGGUACCUCGGGGGAGUCCUGCAGCAUCCUCACCCUGUGCCCAAGUACAGCACUGCCUCUGGCUUGGACUUCCAUGCUCAGUUUGUGCUUCACUGCUUGGAGCACAACUUGCACUACCUGUUGUACACCUACCUGGACUAUUACAGUUUAACCCCUUCCAACUGCCCCAUCUUGGACAACAAGGAGCUGCACGAAGCACAUCCCUGGUUUGAGUUCCUGGUGCAGUGCCGAGGGGUUGCCAGCAAUCCCCAAGACUCACAGGUGAUGUUCCAGGCCAGCCUGGCCAACGCUCAGAUGCUGAUCCCCAGCGCCCAGGCUGGGGUGAGCAGCAUGCUGCUGGAAGGCCACACACUGCUGGCCCUGGCCACCACCAUGUAUGCCCCUGGGGGCAUUGAUCAGGUUCUUCAGAAUGAAGAUACAGAAAAACCUCUAAGGAAGGUUGAUCCACAGCUCUUAAAAAUGGCCCUGACUCCUUACCCCAAGCUCAAGGCUGCUCUGUUCCCCUCCUGUACCUCUCAUGGGAUUUUGCCACCUGACAUCUCUCUCUACCAUCUCCUGCAGUCCUUGAUGCCCUUUGAUCCCAGGAAGUUGUUUGGUUGGCAGCCAACAAACACUCUUGCUGUGUCAGAUGCAUGCAGUGAGUUCCCUCACUUCUCCUGCCCUGAGCUGGUGAACAGACAUGCAGUGAUGGAGCGACUGGACUUUGUGUACUACCUGCUGCAUGGGCGUCCUGCCUUCGCCUUCGGCACCUUCCUGGUCCAGCAGCUGCUCAAGAGCAAAACCCCCAGACAGCUGAUCCAGCAGGCAGGGCAGGAGGCACACGUUCUGGCUCUCUCCUCCUUCAGUGUCCCCGCGGUGGCAGCAGCCUCUGUGUGUUUCCUGGAGCUGCUUGGCCUCGACAGCCUCAAGCUCAGGGUGGAUGUCAGAGUGGCAAACAUGAUUUUCACCUACAGAACCAGAAAUGAGGAAUCUCAUCACAACCAGAUCAGAGACUCCUUGGUGGAGAAGUUAACAAAGUUGGCUGAUGGUGACAAAGCAGCAGCAGCAGCAAUUCUUACCUCCUUGGAAGAAGCUUUCUGGGAUGCAAUUGAGCAUCAAGGGAUAAAGAGGACAUGCAGUGACUCCAGAAGGCAGUGGUCCCUGGUCAUGCAGUUCUGUAAGCUCCACAACGUGGGGCUGAGCACAUCCUACCUGAGGGAAUGUGCCAGAGCCAAGGACUGGCUGCAAUUCAUCAUCCAGACCCACCUGUAUGGCCACCAGCCACGGGAGGUCAUUCCCAUCCUUCAGGAGUUCCCUCCCCCUCUACAAGAUCACUUGAUGUUGGCCCUGGAGAAGGUUUUGUGCCCUGAGGGCAGUGCUGGCAGCCUGGCCAGGGGCAGAUCUGCAGGGAGCCUCUUCCACAUCCUCCUGCAGUGCCAGGGGAACCCUAACCCCUCCUGGUACCUCCUGGCUGAAGCUCUGAGGCAGCACGUGCCUAUCCUCAGUGUUCUGGCAGCUUGUUUCCCUGAUGCAAACAUCAUCCACUGCCUCUGUGUUUGGAUCAUCACCACUGUGGAUGAUGCCACAAGAGCUGAGGCCACAAAGCACCUGCAGAGCUCAGCAGCAGAUCACCAGUGGGACCUGAAGGACCUCUCAGUCAUCUGGAAAGUCUUUCUAAGAAAGGAGAGAAGUAAAACACUUCUGAAUGGCUUCAUGCUCUUUGUAAAGGAUUCCCCUUUGCUGCACCUGCUGGAGAUGUAUGAGCUGUGCAUGAGCUGCAAGAAGUACAAGGAAGCUAAAGCCAAACUGGACAAGUUUCAGGAGAGUCUCACAAUGCUGAAAGCUGAAGCAGCAGCAGCUGCAGAGUUCCCUGUGCCCUGGUUGGAAUCACAAGCAAAGUUUCUUCUGGAGCUGAUGCUGCAGCAGUGCAGAACUGAUUAUGAGCUGGGAAAGCUCUUACAGCUCUUUGCUGCAGCAGAAAAUCCUCUCCUGGAUGGCCCUUAUGUGAAGAAACUCUGUGCCCUCAGUGAGACCCUGAAGGAUUCCUCCAUAUCCAUCCAUCGCUCCAUUCUCACCUGUUCCAGCCUGGAGACGUUCCAGAGGCAGUGCACAUCCAUCCUGGAGCAGCUGCAGGAGCAGGGAAUGUUCUGGCUGGCCAGGGAGGUCGCAACUCUGGCUGAGCUGCCUGUGGACAGUGUCCUCACACAAGAGGUUCUGAGAGAUCUGCAGCAUUUGAGAGACCUUGGGCAGUGGCAUCAGGCCCAGACAAGAGCUGAGUUCUGGCAGAAGUGCCACGACACCUUCCUGAGACAUUCCAUCUCCAGCCAGGCUGCUGCUGCCUUCUUCCUCCAGCAGGCAAACGUGGUGUUUGGCUCCUUGGGGCAGGAGGAGAGAGACAGCAUCAUGGAGAGACACUUGCUGCUGCCCCUGGCUGGCCACUGGCUGGCCAAGGAUGACUCUGUGCCCCUGCAGGAGCUGGAGGAGCUGGAGAAGCAGAUGUGGAUCUGUCGCAUUGCACAGCAAGUGUUGGCAGCCGAGUGCUUGGACCAGUCCCCACCACCCUCCCCUGCUGCAGGGAGCAGAGACCUCUCCUUUGACACCCUGGCCAAGCAGUUCUCCUUCUCCAAGCUGCCUGCCCUCAACAGCCCCAAGUACCUGCAGCUGGAGGCUCUGCCCCUCGGGGAGGCUGAGCAGCCCCUGAGUGGUGCUGAGCAGAAGGCUCUGCGGGGCCUGGUGGGGUCCCUGCUGGAUGAGGGCAGCGUGCACGAGGCCACCAGAGUCUGCCACCACUUCCACCUGGCCCACCGGGACGUGUCCCUGGUGCUGCACUGCAGGGCUCUGGCCUCGGGGGAGGCUGAGCUGGACCAGCUACACCCGGAGGUGCAGAGUCUCCUGGCAGCAAGGGCAAGCAUGGCCCAGGACAGUGCAGCUCAGCCAAGCAGAGCCAUAGGCACAUCCAGCCUAGAAGACUGGACACACCUGGUGGCUCCAUCUCCAGCUGAGCAGGUCGUGGUGUGCCUGAAGGCUCUCACAGAGGAGUGUGUCCAUGGCAGGAGCUACUGCAGGCAGGUCCUGUGCCUGUACGAGCUCUCCAAGGAACUGAGCUGCUCCUACAGCGAGAUCUCAGCCCAGGACCCCGAGAAGGUGCUGAGGGCCAUCCUGUCAUCCCAUCAGCCUGACAGGGCCAGGAGGGCCCAGGCCUUCAUCUCCAGCCAGGGGCUGCAGCCUGAGCCCGUGGCACAGCUGGUGGCCGAGCAGGUCCUGCAGGAGCUCUUGGCAUCUGCAGAGGGCAAAGGGCAGAGACAGGCUGCGAGCCCUGCAGCAGAGAGCCAAACCUUCCUGCAGCUGGCCAAGCUGUGCCAGGAUCACACCUUGGUGGGCAUGAAGCUACUGGAUAAAAUCUCCUCUGUCCCUCGUGGGGAACUCUCCUGCAUUACAGAGCUGCUGAUUCUGGCCCACAAGUGCUUCAGCUUGACCUGCCACAUGGAGGGUAUCACUCGAGUCCUGCAGGCAGCAAGGCUGCUCACAGACCAGCACUUGGCUCCCAAGGAGGAGUAUGGCCUGGUGGUUCGGCUGCUCACAGGCAUUGGCAGGUACAACGAGAUGACUUACAUCUUUGAGCUGCUGCACCAGAAACACUACUUCGAGGUGCUCAUGAGGAAGAAACUGGACCCAAGUGGGACACUGAAGACAGCUCUGCUGGACUACAUCAAGCGCUGCCGCCCUGGGGACAGCGAGAAACACAACAUGAUUGCUCUGUGCUUCAGCAUGUGCAGGGAGAUAGGGGAGAACCACGAGGCUGCUGCCUGCAUCCAGCUCAAGCUCAUCGAGUCCCAGCCCUGGGAGGAAUCUCUUCAGGAUGUGGCAAAUUUAAAGAAGUUGCUGCUAAAAGCUCUGACUCUCUUCAUUGAUGCAGCAGAAAGUUACUCCAAGGACUCGUGUGUGCGGCAGGGCCUGCGCUGCCGCCGCCUCACCAAGCUCAUCACCCUCCAGCUGCACUUCCUGGGCACGGGGCAGGGCACGAGGCUCAUCAACCUCAGCAGGCAGGACCUGAUGGACACCAUCCUGGGCCUGCCCAGGUUCUACCAG